CACACAAGUAAUCACAGAGAGUUCCGUUGUACUAGCUACUAUUAAUAGUCUAUUUCUUUUGGGUAAAGAAAAAUCUUCUAAGAUAAUUACUGGGAAGGAACCUCUUUGUUGCCACAAAUAGCAACCAACUCUAUCAUUCAUAUAUGAGUAUUAUCUUCAGCUAUUUUUAUUUUCAUAACCUUUGCUUUCUUUACUACCAUGUGAGAAUGAAUUCUCCAAAUGAAGGAUUUUGGCGUUGUCGUACUUCCUUUGGGUUUCUUUAAGCUGCUUGGCUAUGCUUGAAGUUGUUCUUGGCUUCCUCUAGGCUAAUACUAGUACUACACAACAGCUGCUUGUUACUUAUUGCUAUAAACCAACUUUGUAGCUCACGGAAGUUCUGCGUUGGUAGUAUGCCACUUGAACUGCUGGUUUGCUGAUUGAUGAUAUACAUAUGAUGGGGAAGAAUGGUGCUGAAAUCAUGGAUCCAUAUGGUUGUAACAUUAAGGUUCAUUGUUUAAUGUGUUUAGAGCUUAAAAAAUUCGUUGAUAGAAUUUCAAAAAUACUUCCAGACAUUGAGUCUGCCCGACCACGAUGUACAUCAGGGAUAAAGGCACUGUGCUCAUUACAUGCUGCCAUGGAUAAAGCAAAAUUACUUCUCCAAUACUGCUCAGAGUCUAGUAGACUCUACCUGGCAUUUGCAACGAGUAAGAUCAUCCUGAGAUGUGAGAAACUACAGAGCUCCUUGAAGUUAUGUUUGAGUCAAAUCCAAAAUAUGGUCCCAACUUUGUUGGCUGCAAAGAUAUCUGGAAUUGUUCAUGAUCUUAGGGAUGCAAAGUUUCCCAUUGACUCUGCUGCAGAAGAGGCUGGGAAGGUUGUACGAGAACUGAUUCUGAAGGAAAUUCCUACGUCAAAUUGUAUAAAUGAUUUAGAACUUGAACCUAUUCAACUUGCCGCUUUGAGGCUGAAUAUUACAACCCCUUCGGCUCUUUCAAAAGAGAAAAUGUCUAUUCAGAGAUCACUUGAUAAGGUCCCUGACCACAUGGUCCAAAAGAGGAUCAUACUGAGGUAUUUCUUUCAUCUUUUGAAGAAGUAUGGGGAACUAAUUGUACAAAACCUGAAUGACAGUACCCUUGUGCAGCAUGAUGAGUCAUCCUAUCAGUCCAUUGGCUUUGGGACAUCUGAACCUCCUGAGGAAUUCAAAUGCCCCAUCUCUAUGAGACUGAUGUAUGAACCAAUAAUUAUUGCAUCUGGGAAAACAUUUGAACGGUUUUGGAUAGAGAAGUGGUUUAAUGAAGGUAAUGAGACAUGCCCAAUAACUCAUAUGAAGCUGGACCAUUUGUCCCUCACUCCAAACUUUGCAAUGAAGGCCCUCAUAUCAAAGUGGUCUUCUGAGCAUGGAAUUACUAUUCCUGACCCGUCUUUAGAACCACACCUUGAUUCUUUUGAAUCCAUGAAAUCUUCACAUUCCAGUUCCAUUGUCAGCAUAGGUAGUUCUUUGAAAGAUUUGCACCUUCAAGUUAGCAGUGUGUCACUAUCCUCAUUAGGGUCCAGUCAUGGUUCAGAAAUUAUCGAAGAGAAAAGUGAUGACUGCUUUAGUUAUAGGCUCACUCAAAUGAAUGCAGAGCCUCAAAGACCUCACCAAUCUGUAGAUUGUUAUGGCAAGGUUUUAGACUUUCUUUCCACACUUGCUGCAGUUUCUUGGGGGUCACAGUGCAGGACAGUGGAAAAUGUGAAAAACCAACUGCAAGACAAAAACAGCACAUGCCACUCUACAAAUUGCAAUGGGUGCAUCAAACCGUUGAUUAAAUUUUUGAAGGAUGCACUUAAAUUAAGAGAUAUAAAAGCUCAGAGAGAUGCUGCAGAGUUGCUGUUGGCGAUUUUGAGCGAAAACAGAAGUAAAAUGCCACCCUUCGAUGAAGAUGAGAUUUACGUGUUGGCAUCAUAUCUUGAAUCUGAAAUCACUGGAGAAGCCCUUGCUAUCAUUGAAAUUUUGUCUUGCCAAUCCAAGUACCAGUCUUUGAUGGUGGCAUCUGGUGUUCUUCCUUCCAUUCUAAAAUUCCUUGAUACACAGUACAGGGAAUUUCAUAGUAUUGUUAUGAAGAUACUGUGUAAGUUGUCCUGCAAUGCUGAUGUUGGAUACCAUAUUGUAUAUUUAGACUUCAUUCCAAAACUGGUUACUUUUUUGGGUGAUCACAAUCAAGCACGGUUUUGCAUCAAGAUUAUAAGAAACUUGUGCGAUAUUGAUGAGGUAAGAAUUGCACUUGCUGAAACCAGUUCAUGUAUCAGUGCCUUUGCCAAAGUAUUGGAAACUGGAACAGAAGAGGAACAAGAACAUGCAGUAGAUGUUCUUCUUUCACUAUGUCAUGAGCGUGUUGAGUUUUGUCAAUUGGUCAUGAAAGAGAACAUAAUGCAGCCUUUAUUCAAUUUAUCUGAAAAUAAGAAUUCAAAGGGGAAGGGGAUUGCUAUCAAAUUGCUUCAGUUCUUGGAACAUAUCAGAACUGAAGUUUCAGAAUGUUCAACAAGUCCUAAAGCUGGCUUGGGCCUAGAAACCUCACGCGACUCUGGCAGGCACUGUAAAGAAAAGAAAUCACGUUUCAAGGCAUUUCGGUACUUUGGAAAUAAGAUGUCUGUAUAGCCAGCUAUCUUUGAUAGCUUAAAAUAGCUCAGAUGUUCAGUCAAAACGUAGGAUAGGAUAUGAGUGGUUUUGUAGAGUUUGAGACCAUUAAUCAUGCUAGCAGAUGAGUUUCACUUUCAGAAUUAGAUAAACCUCUCUUAUAUAGGAAUGUAGAGUCCUGCUGCACUUGUAGUAAGCAGCAAUUGUAAAAUCCAGUAAUGAAAAAUUUGUUUUGUAGAAA